AUGGCUCCUCUGGAAGGGCUAUCGGAUGCUCAUGCGAUUCUGCUGGCUACACACAUUUGCACCACUGGUGAUGUGACCGACUUACCUGCCCUGCAGACGCACUACCCCCAUUGUUUUCCACUGGAACGCCUGCUACGCAUCAUCUUGACCUACCUCCCCGAGAGCACAGAACCUUCUACAUAUGUCCCAGUCCUCCAACAACUGACUGAGAACACCUCAUCUGUUCCAGAGGAUCACAAUAUCGAUACAUCGGCUGUUAAAGACUUGUCUGAGGCAGUGGCGCGGAAACGUGUUCGAAGGCUUCGUCUACAGCCGCUGAAGCGCGAGGACGAGGAGGAAGAAGUCCAGUCUGCAGACAACUUAACUCAGUUCCUCAUCCAUCGAGCAUAUCUGAUUGACACCGAAACCGCCCUGCAACCCCUUAUCCUGGGCCUUCUCCUGCCCUUCUACGAACAGCGCCCCGUCAUUCGAACAUGGUUGAUCUCAAGUCUACUGCCGGCCCUCCGACUCAAUUACGAAUACUACCCCAAUCGAGAAGAGACGAUAUCACUUGAGACACUGGAGUUGAUGGAUGAUCAGACCGCAAUUAACGUUCUGCUAUCGAUCACUGGCUCUGAGGGUAACAACAUGGAUCUGGUCAACAAUCUGAGGGGGCUGAUUGGCCCAUGGCUAUAUGGUAGCAACCGAGCAAAGAGACGGAGAUUGAAUGAGAGUGCGCAUCAGAACUCGAUCUCUUUUGUUCAAGGGACGCCGAAACCCCAACCUACUGAACUGGCCGUCUGGGAAUACGUGAACGAAUGGCUAUUAUCACGAAGCCUGGUCGAUCACAGCAGUGUCGUUGGUGCUUUCACCAACUGGAACGGCCCUGAAGAUAUUGAUUUGGGUGGUUAUGACGAUGAGGGAACUCAGAUAUCAUUAAACCAGAAAAAGGAAUUGUUGAAUCGGUACGGCCAGUCUGGGUUGGCUGUGGUCUAUGCCCAUGCGGACUCAUCACAGGCCGCAUUGGAUGGAUCAUUCCAAGUUGUGGCACGAGUUGCAAGACUACUUGAGCUCGAAGAAUUCUCAUAUCUGAACUCAUCUGACUCGGCGCUUCCAUCCGUGGAUUACGAUACAGGGCAGAUCUCUUCAACAUCACGGGCUUCACUAUUACAGAACGCCCUCCUAGCACAUCAAAACCCCCUGACACGUCCAUCGCCAUCCUCAAUCUCUUUCCUCAGUGCAUUGCUCCUUUCUCUACGCGUAUUGACUCAGCUUGGUCAUCUGCUUCCGUGCCGGGCUGCGGCCAACCUUUGUCUGCAUAGCAGUGAGGAGAUGCAACUAGCGGAGUUGAAGAGUGUGGUAUCAUCGUCUAUCAAACAGCAGCGGUCGAGGCAAAAUUGGGAGUUGGUUCGACUGCAGCUACUAUGGCUUAGAGAUUGGCAAGCAGAGCAUUCUGACAACGGAUGGGAUGAUCCGUCUACCCAUCAUGGGCUUUUCUGGCAAAUCUCGCGAGACACGGUCGAGACGGAGAUUUUAAAGGCUCUACUCAGCACCCGAGAGUACCAAUUGGCUGUGGACCUAUACAGCCAGUCUGAGUCACCGCUUAGCGCUUCGCAGGUAGAGACAGCCGUGGUAGAAGCCAUCUUCGCAGCCUAUGAUAAUGCAAGCAAUGGCAAUCGAACUCGCGGUGGAAUGAAGAAAGCCUACGACAUUUUGCAAGCAUUCCAACCGCAUUUCCAGGCUUCCACUCAGCUCAAGCAGAUCGGCUCUCUCAUUGCGGCAACACACGCCUUGUCCUUUUACUCCUUGACUCUGCAGCAUGGUGUCCCAUUCGAACCAGUCAGCAUCCGGGUCCAUUACGAUCCUCUUUCUUUGGUCGAAAAAGUGCUCGAUCAAAAUGUCAAGAGCUAUACCAAACUGGACGAUCUUCUCUCCAUCGGCCGCAAUCUAGUCAAAGCCGGCCUCCCUACACACUUAUCAUCAAGCGAACAUGAAAGCCACACCUCCCAAGACCCGCUCUCAGAGCAAGAUGCCCUUGUCACGGCCGAACGACGCAUCACCUCUCUCGCCAUUUCCUCCGCCCUAAACUCCAAUGACUUCGGAACAGCCUACUCCUACAUCCUCACCCGCCUAACACCACCCUCCAUGCUCCCAACCUCCUCUCCCCUCCUCACAACCCCCACCGUCCCAGACGAUAUCUCCUGGCGCGCCGUAUACAACGCAGGCCGCUACCGCUCCGCCUCACCCAACACGUCCGCCUCCCUCCAAUCCCAAAUCACAUAUCUCUCCCAACGCAUGGAACUUCUCUCCCUCGCACUAACCCUCGUCCCCUCCCCCGAUCCCCUCCCCGAAAUCCUCGGUGCCUGGCGCCGCUGCGACGAGGAGAUGUCCUCGCUCCGCGCGCGCGAGCAACAAGAAGAGGACGUCUGGGACGCGAAGGGCAACAGUCUCUCCACAGUCCCGGGCGGUUUCGGCCCCACGGAUUCCGAGCGCGACGCCUUUGACACUGCACAGCAGCGUGCGGCUCGGCGAGCCCGUGCUCGCGCCGCGAUGCCUCAUUCUCACCCGCAUGAGGCGCCGAUGGGUUUGUUUGAGGUUGCCCGCGGCGCGGCUAUGGCGCUGCAUAAGAAUGCUUUCCCGUUGCGGGGAGCUGUUGAUGCUUCUCGGGCGUCUGCAAGUGCUGCUACUAGGUCUGGGGAUGCGGAGAGGUCCUUUUCGCCUGAUCAGGGCGAGGGUCGUGUGCGGAAGAGGGAUAUGGUUAGUAAUAUGAUGACGGGUGGAUUGGCGAGUGGUAUUGGAUGGGUUCUUGGUGCCGAGCCAGUGAAUCGCUAG